CAGUCAUCCUCCCAGGUAAUUCUGUUCCAUACAAUGCGCGCCUGGCAACUGCUGCUUCUGUCCGUGUAGUUGGCUCUCUACAGGGCCUUCUCCCACACAGUAUACCUCACCCUCCGACUGCUAGAGACAAUCCACAUGCUGAGCCGUCAUCGCGCGCACCGUGGUGAAUUUUCACUUGAUUUUCUGUCGCAGAAAAGAGUGGUCCCUACGCUUGCCAGUAUUUCGGAAUAUGGUGGUCCUUGUUAAAUAUGAAUGAGUUUUUUUUUUUACGUCUUAAAUGUCAGUGAUGGUUACAGUCUUUGAAUCCGCAUGAAAAUUGAAGUUUUGCUGUUUCGUUUUAUUCGUUAAAGCUGAGCAAAAUGCGUCGUGUCUGAGGCAUAAUCUACCGUCUCCACCAAAUCAGCCCAGGACCUGCGUCUGAGAAAAGCAAACCCGUGCUUUCCUAAUAUUUAACAAAAUUUGCAUUUGGCUUGCAUUCAUCCCCAGUUUCGGAUUGAUCGGAUGCGUCAGCGUUGGAUGCGGCUGUGGAGAACCCCAUAGCUUUCAGCAUGAUUUGAUGUAACGGGAUUUUUAACAGGGUAACUGGACAUCUCUUACCUUUUAACUGAGAACAGCUACGUUCAAGUCAAGAAGCAAACUCUAUCAAGAGAUAGAUCCAUCCCUAUAUGGACUAAAUCUUGGUUCCUCGGGAUUUAAAACUAGCAGGUCACACGCAUCUUGGCUUCGGCGCUUCUUGGGAAAAUACCCUUAAACUGUGGGAGACAUGAAAGUUGUUUCAGCAGUGUUGUUCCUUGCGAUAUUUUGGAGUCAGGAGUGGGAGCCCGUGCUUUCUGAUUCAAUCAUACACAUCGGGGCCAUCUUUGAUGAUUCUGCCAGGAAGGAUGACGAGGUGUUCCGCAUGGCUGUGGCGGACCUCAACCUCAACAACGAGAUCCUGGAGACGGAGAAGAUCACCAUCUCUGUGGAGUUUGUGGACGGGAACAACCCUUUCCAGGCGGUCCAGGAAGCCUGUGAGUUGAUGAACAGGGGGAUCCUGGCUCUGGUAAGCUCUGUUGGCUGUAUGUCGGCAGGCUCCCUGCAGUCGCUGGCGGACGCCAUGCACAUCCCGCACCUGUUCAUCCAGCGUGCCCCCGCCGGCACCCCUCGCUCCAGCUGCCCCCUCACCAGCCGCGGCCGCCAGGACGACUACACCCUCUUCGUUCGCCCGCCCGUCUACCUCAACGACGUCAUCCUCCAAGUGGUCAGCGAGUACAGCUGGCAGAAGUUCAUCAUCUUCUACGACCAGCAAUAUGAUAUCCGUGGGAUACAGGACUUCCUGGACAAGACGUCUCAGCAGGGCAUGGACGUGUCGCUGCAGAAGGUGGAGUCCAACAUCAACAUGAUGAUCACCAGCAUGUUCAGAACAAUGAGGGUGGAGGAACUCCACCGCUACCGGGACACACUGCGCCGGGCCGUGCUCUUCAUGAGUCCCGCCACCGCCAAGGCCUUUAUCACUGAGGUUGUGGAGACGAAUCUCGUGGCGUUCGACUGUCACUGGAUCAUCAUCAAUGAGGAAAUCUCAGACCAGGACGUCCAAGAGCUGGUGAUGAAGUCGAUUGGGCGUCUGACUCUGAUCAGACAGACCUUCCCCCUGCCCCAGAACACCAGCCAGCGCUGUGUCAAGCACAACCACCGCAUCAACACCUCCCUCUGCGACCCCAAGGACCCCAAGGCUCAGACACUGGAGAUAACCAACCGCUACAUCUACGACACAGUGCUGCUAUUGGCCAACACUUUCCACAGGAAGCUGGAGGACAGGAAGUGGCACAGCAUGGCCAGCCUCACCUGUAUCCGCAAGAACUCCAAGCCCUGGCAAGGUGGACGGCCCAUGCUGGACAACGUCAAAAAGUCUGGAGUGAGUGGUCUGACUGGCUUCCUGGAGUUUUCAGACAACGGAACCAACCCCAACAUCUACUUUGAGAUCCUGGGGACCAACUAUGGCGAGGACAGGGGCAGGGGUGUCAGUAAGCUGGCCACCUGGGACCCAGUGCACGGCCUCAACGGAACGCUAACAGACAGGAAGCUGGAGAACAACAUGAGGGGCGUGGUUCUGCGAGUGGUCACUGUCCUGGAGGAGCCCUUUGUGAUGGUGUCAGAGAAUGUCCUUGGGAAGCCUAAGAAGUACCAAGGCUACUCCAUCGACGUGCUGGAUUCUCUCUCUAACUACCUGGGCUUCAAGUACGAGAUCUACGUGGCCCCUGACCAUAAGUACGGGAGCCAACAGGCCAACGGGGUCUGGAACGGACUGAUGGGAGAGCUGGUCGCCAAGCGGGCGGAUGUGGGUCUCUCGGCUCUCACCAUCACGCCAGAGCGGGAGAGUGUGGUGGACUUUACCACACGCUACAUGGACUACUCGGUGGGCGUGCUGCUCAGGAAGGCCGAGCGUACCGUGGACAUGUUCGCCUGCCUGGCGCCCUUUGACCUGUCACUGUGGGCGUGCAUUGCGGGCACCGUGCUGCUGGUGGGCAUCCUGGUCUACCUACUCAACUGGCUGAACCCGCCGCGCCUGCCCAUGGGCGCUGUCUCCUCCACCACCUUCUACAAUUCCAUGUGGUUCGUCUACGGAUCCUUCGUCCAGCAGGGUGGUGAAGUUCCAUAUACCACCCUGGCCACGAGGAUGAUGAUGGGGGUAUGGUGGCUCUUUGCUCUGAUCGUUAUCUCCUCCUACACGGCCAACCUGGCUGCCUUCCUCACCAUCAGCCGCAUCGAGAACUCUAUCCAGUCCCUCCAAGACCUGUCCAAGCAGACAGAGUUGCCGUACGGGACAGUGUUGGACUCGGCAGUGUACGAGCAGGUGCGCAGCAAGGCCAUGAACCCCUUUGAGAGGGACCCCAUGUACUCCCAGAUGUGGCGCAUGAUCAACCGCACCGGAGGGGCCGACAACAACGUGGAGGAGUCCAAGGAGGGCAUCCGCAAGCACCAUGCUCUUACCAACUGA